AUGGCGCACAGCCAUCGUGGCCCCCAUCCUGAAGGCCAGAAAGCCGGCUGGAAACCUGAGUUCCUAUCGGCCGGUUUCCCUCACCUCCGCCGCUUGCAAGGUGAUGGAGGUCAUUGCUCUGGUCCGACUGGACUGGGUGGCCGUGUCCAUGGCUUCCUGGUCGAUGAGCAGACGGGUUUCCGGUGGUGCAGAUUCACCGCGGACUCCAUCGCGGACAUGGUCUCCACGCAGCAGGAGGCCAAGGUCUGCGGUGACGCCGUGCUGGUGCCUAUCGAAAUCAAGGGGGCCUUCAACGGCCUGCCCCAUCCAGUCCUUCAGCAGGCCCUGGACCUACUUGGCAUCAACGGGAACCUUCGGCGGUUCAUCUGGUCGUUCCUGGAGGAAUGCACCCUCAGGGUACGAGUGGGCGGAUCGAGGAGCUCUCCUCAGCCGGUGGCAGCGGGCAUCCCACAAGCGUCAGUGGUGAGCCCUUUCCUGUUCAACCUGGCCCUGGCCCGGCUGGCUGCUGCCCUGCCGAUCGACCCCCACUACCCCGUGAAUGCCUCCAUCUACGCGGACGACAUCGUCCUGUGGGUGCGAAGUCCACCAGAGCCACCGCAGCUUGCGCUCGGCCCUGCAAAGAGCCCUCGACACCGCCACUGCUUACCUGAGCAGCAUUGGCCUUGCUAUCUCGGCAAGGAAGACGGAGGCCAUGCUGCUCCACCCAAGAGCAGCCGCCCGCCGCACAGCUGUCCGGCAGUGACGCAGCGGGGGCUGCGCAUUGAUCACCGGCUGCCUGCUGUCAAGACCCUGCAUGUCCAGGUCCUCCGGAUCCGCAAGGCAGUCUCCCAGCUUCUUGCCCGAGGACAGGGUUGUUUCACUAGUUGGGCUCUGCGGCUGUACGAUGCAGCAGCCACCUCACGCCUGCGGUACGCCCUCCCACUCGUGGCACUACCACCUGACCGUCUCAAGAGGCUGGAGCUGCAGCAUCUGGCCGCGAUUAGGCUCUGCCUGGGCGCUCCCCGCAGCUCUCAAGUCGCUGCGACCUUGGCCGAGGUGGGAGCAUGGCCCCUGUCACUCCUCCUCCCGCAACAGGGGCUACGCCAUGUUGACCGCAUCCAUCAUGGCCCAGACGGCAGUGCCCUGCUGUCCCGACUGCGCUCACUGCCCCAUUCCCAGAUGGGGAGGCUGUACGAGGAGGUGAUUGGGAGGCCUCCAGCGAACAACGCACCGCUGCCUCCUCCCCAGAAACCACCCAUACUCAUCACCGCAAAGCUGCCCGGCGUUUGCAAGCGGCGCUCCCCGACUUGUGCCCUUCAGCAGACGGCUGCCUCCCUCCUACAUGCGGACCAAGGAGGACACUUGCAGGUCUACGUUGACGGCUCGGUGAUGCCGGAUACGGGCUCGUCGACUGCUGCCUGUGUGGUGCCCGCCCUGCGGAAGAGCAGGCAGUUUCCCCUCCCCGACCAUGCGACGUCAACAGCGGCAGAGGUAGCAGGCCUCCACCUGGCUCUGGGCGUACUCGCGGAGGAGCUGCCACCUACCCCAGUGACCAUCUACUGCGACUGGCCUUUCUGGCCUGCAGAGGCCAGAAAAGGCCAGCCUUGGGGUCGCCCUGCUCUCUAA